CUGUCCCUCAACACACUCAAAUAUCUUGCAUUAAUUAGCUAGAAAUCCUUAAUUAUGAGUUCUUCACCCCAAUCACAAAAUAUUGAUGUAACCUUGUCACUAAGCUUACCACCAAGAAAUGAGAGCCUAAAUCCCCAAGAAAGAGGCAUCAAGCUCAUCCAACUCUUGCUAACUUGCGCCAACCAUGCCUCCUCCGGCAACCUCCACCACGCCGACACGUGCCUCCGCCACAUAUCGGAGCUUGCCUCCGUCACUGGCGACUCCAUGCAGCGGCUGGCCGCUAGGUUCGCCGCAGCCUUGGCGGCCCGGCUAGUCAAGCGAUGGCCGGGCCUUUACAAGGCCCUAACCAAUGGUGGCCUUGUUGGCUUUGAUAUGGAUGGGGCCAAGUCCAUUUUUGCGCAGGCUUUCCCUUGUUUGGGCUUCGCCUACGCGGUUAUAAACCGGACCUUGGUUCAAGCCCUGUUGGGAGAGCCUAUGGUCCAUGUUGUUGAUUUGGGCUGUGGUGACCCAAAAUUAUGGGUGCCUUUUGUUCGGGCCAUGGCAGAUGGGCCCAAUGGGCCGCCUCAUUUGAAGAUCACAACUGCUGGUAUAACCAAUGAGGCCCAAGAGAGAUUGGAGGGAAGGAUUUUGAAAGAGGCUCGAAGUUCGAAAAUGGAGAUUGAGUUCAAUCAUGUGAAUGCGAAACUUAGGGAUUUGACUUUGGACAUGCUCAAGGUCAAACGAGGUGAAGUGUUGGCACUGACUUCGAUUUUGAGCCUUCAUGUCCUAUUGGCCGAGGACGACAGUGUGGACGCGCGUUUCGGUCUAAGCAAAACCAGUGAAUGCAAGCAAAUGACGGAAUUUCUAGAAAUGGUAAGAUCGGCUAGGCCGAAGCUCGUGCUACUAUUCGAACAAGAGUCAAAUCACAACUCGACCCGUCUAGUGGAUCGCUUUGUGGAAGGGUUACACUUCUAUAGUGCCUUGUUUGACUUGAUAGAUGCGACAUUUGGUGCAUCAUCGUGCUCGAAUCGAGCAACCCUAGAGGAAAUGUUGGGGCGGGAAAUCGAGAAUAUCGUGGCUAGAGAAGGGUUGGAGAGGGAGGAGAGGCACGAGAGAUUUGCGAAGUGGGGGGUUAGGUUUACAAGAAGUGGGUUUAGACCGGUUCAAUUGUGGUAUGACACAAUGGAUGAGGCUCGAAAAGUGGUUGAGGGCUAUGGGCCGAGGGGGUUUAGUGUAACUAGUGAAAAGGGGAGUUUGAUGAUUUGUUGGCAUGAUAGACCCAUUUAUGCAAUAUCAGCUUGGGGGUUGUUCUAG